UCUUCUAGAGUCACUUCCAUUUGUCUAAGCCUGAAUGUCAUCUUUAGGAAUAGACCUGGUGGUUUUCACAGGUGGCCAUCGGAAUUGCCCCCGGGGAAGGGGGCGGGGCAUAACAAAAGUGCAUAUCCCUUUGAGGAUCCCAUGAAUCAGAACAGCUAGAGGUAGACUGGGAAUCCGUGCUUUUCAUACAAGGGCCAGUUAUGAAGCAACUAGUUUGCACUGAACCAGAUAACCUCUCAGGCCCCUAACAGCAAUAACGUUCUUUGGUUCAAAUAUUAACUAGCCAACUGACAGAAUUUUUGUUUUUCUAACUCACCCCAUUCUAAUGUGCCAUUUGUCAUCCUCAUUCAGGGCCUGCUGAGCCAGUCGGUUAUUUCUUCAACAGGGAAGCCCCCCUCCCGAGGCUCUAAGCAUUUGAGGCUCACGCCUGUUUCCUUCGUGGAUGAAAUGACCUCAUCGGCUUUGGUUAAUAUUAAUCCCUUCACCCCAGAGUCCUAUAGAAAACAAUUCCUUCAAUCCGGUGGCAAGAGGAAAGCCCCAGGAGAUCUUGAGGAAGCUGGUCCAGGAGAAGGCAAGGUAGAACAGGGGCUGCCUGCCAAGAGGUGUGUUCUACGAGAAACUGACAUGACUUCCCGCUAUGAAAAAGAAUUCAUGGAGUUAGAAAAAAUUGGAGUCGGAGAAUUUGGUACAGUCUACAAGUGCAUUAAGAGGCUGGAUGGAUGUGUUUAUGCGAUAAAACGUUCCACGAGACCGUUUGCAGAAUUAUCAAAUGAGAAUUCGGCUUUGCACGAAGUUUACGCUCACGCAGUGCUGGGUCAUCACCCCCACGUGGUACGUUACUACUCUGCGUGGGUGGAAGACGAACACAUGAUCAUUCAGAAUGAAUACUGCAAUGGUGGGAGCUUGCAGGCUGCUAUAUCUGAAAACAUUAAGUCUGGCAAUCAUUUCAAAGAGUUGACACUCAAGGACAUCCUUCUACAGAUUUCCCUUGGGCUCAAGUACAUCCACAACUCUGGCAUGGUGCACCUGGACAUCAAACCUAGUAACAUCUUCAUUUGUCAUAAGAUGCAGCGUGACUCUCCUGCAGUCCCAGAAGAAACUGAAAAUGAAGCCGAUUGGUUUCUCUCUGCUAAUGUAAUAUACAAAAUUGGUGACUUGGGUCUUGCGACAUCAAUAAGCAAACCCAAAGUGGAAGAGGGAGAUAUUCACUUCCUGGCUAAAGAGAUUUUGCAAGAGGACUAUCGGAACCUCCCCAAAGCGGACAUAUUUGCCCUGGGAUUAACGAUUGCCGUGGCCGCAGGAGCAGAGCCAUUACCCAGCAAUGGGGCCGCGUGGCAUCACAUCCGCGAGGGAAACCUUCCGCCUGUCCCGCAGGAGCUCUCGGAAGAAUUUCACGACCUGCUCAAGAACAUGAUCCACCCUGAUCCUGCGGACAGACCUUCUGCAGCGGCUCUAGCCAGAAGUCGAGUCCUUCGUCCCUCCCUGGGGAAAACAGAAGAGCUCCAGCAGCAGCUUAACUUGGAAAGGAUGAAGACGGCCACCCUGGAAAGGGAGCUCAGAGAAGCCCAGCAGGCCCAGUCCCCUCGGGAAGACCACAGCGACCCUGGGGUCUCCGGGACCCCCCCAUCAAGAAGCACCAAAUGCCUGGUAGGAAGAAAGAGUGCAAAGUCUUCAAGCUUCACCUGUGGGACCCCUUCCCCAUAAGAACUCAUUUCACACCGACCCACCUUUUACCUCACAGCUUCUAGAAACAGAUUUUGACUGUGUCAGACUUCCUCUCGUUCAUGGAAAGAUUAACCAAUUUGAAUCCCGAAGAUUUCAAAAACCACUCCUAAUUUGGCCUCUGCAGCCAAGAUCCUAAAGCUAUUAAAGCCUCUUAUUAGUAAUGAUCCUAAGUACAAUAACCAGCAGCCAUUUCCCUUCUCUCUUAUAAUCCUCGUACCACCUAUUGAUCAAUCACUCCUCAAACCCACAGUGCACAACAGGAAAGCAAGGGCUUCUCAACUGGAAGAAGAGACGGAAUCAGCCCUCGGUGCAGCCUGUGGACUAAGAGGUUACUCUAGCUAAUUACCUACAAAGGGUCUUGGUGACUCUCCCUACACACGGAAAGACAAUUCUGUUUUGAAUUGUGGUAACGGCUUACAAGAAAAUGUGCCUGGAUUUCAAAAACAUUUCCCAGGUCAUACAAUGGUACUGCUAAAAGAAUUCUCAGCCACUUUAAGUAGUUUUCCUACUGUAUUCUCUGAAUGGAGAGAGUCCCUUUCUCUGAUACUGUAUUUAUGAAGUACAAAUGACUUCGUCAUUAUGUGAGGUGGGUACAAAUAAGACUAUACCUAACUUGAAAUUUCUGAGCUGGUUAUCAACUUAGGAAACAAAAAUCCUGGGUAGAGGGCGUGAGGGAAAUCUGACGUCAUUCUCCCUCCCUCUAUUUGCCUUGACCCUCUUCUAACUGUUAUGGCUGGUUCUGAUUUUCUGGGUGUCACCAAUUUCUCCUUGAUUUUAUCAGAAUUUGGCUUUGUUUCCUGUGAUUUUAUAUUUUAUCCAACUCCUUUUUCUCUGUACAUAUUUUUAAAGAAAUAGAAUAAUUGUAAAUAAAGGUUUUUAUCUUGUCUGAA